CGCGCAUGUCACCUAGCGACACUCAUCAGCGCGCGCACGCGUCUCCUCCCUCUCUUUCUUCCGAAAACUCUUGAGGCAGUCCGUGCGCCUUGGACUGCUAAGAUGAUCAUACUUUGCUUAACGAUAUUUGCGAACGUCUUCAAGACUGGAUGGACUGGCACAAACGAGCGCACGUUCAUCGCAGUCAAGCCAGACGGAGUUCAGCGCAAACUGGUGGGUGAAAUCAUCCGCCGCUUUGAACGCAAGGGAUUCAAACUGGUCGGCAUGAAGCUCCUGCAGGCAUCAGAAGAGCAGCUCAGGCAGCACUACUGGGAUCUGAGGGAGAAGCCUUUCUACAACGGCUUGGUCAAAUACAUGAGCUCUGGACCCAUCGUUGCAAUGGUAUGGCAAGGGCUGGAUGUGGUGAAGACCGCCAGAAAGAUGCUUGGAGAGACAAACCCAGCAGACUCUCUCCCAGGCACCAUCAGAGGAGACUAUUGCGUUGAAGUGGGCAGGAAUGUGAUUCAUGGCAGUGAUUCAGUUCAAAGUGCUCAGAGGGAGAUUUCACUGUGGUUCAAGCAUGACGAGUUGUUCUGCUGGGAAGAGUGCAGUGAGCACUGGAUCUAUGCUUGAAACCCUUCAUGUAACACUCAUGCACUCAUUGUAACAUACAGCUUCUGCAGCUUCAUCUGCUCCUCAUAGAGAGAACGCUGCUCUGCUCAAGCCAUAAAGUGACCAAAAAACAAAACAGAAAACGUUAUCUUAUAUUGACAAGGUAAUUGCAUUGGUUUGGAUUCCCUAAAAUCCAGUUGUUGGUCAAGCUAUCUUGAAUGUAAUGGUUUUCUUAUUGCUUUCUUUGCAAAUGUUUAAUCUUCACAGAUAUUCAGUUCAUUGCUAAUCUUUGGUAGGUUGGUAGGUCAUGCACUACUCUUAAGAUAUUUUACUUGAGGCGUUUACAUCCACUCGAAAGAUGUUGUUUACAUUUUUACCUCCAAUUUUUCAUGUGGACAUGUGUCAUCUUGAUGCACUCUGUAAAAAAAAACACUAAUUAAUCAUGACUCAAAACGAAAGCAAUAAUGAAUGAUAAAGGGCCAGCAUGCUCUGAAAACUAACUUGAAUAUCCCAGUAAUGCUUUGUCUUUUUCUAGUGGUUGGAACUCAGUUGACCAAAGGGCGCCUUACUAUACAAAUAAAUUAUUCCUUUGUUCAGUA